AUGGCACUUCUAAAUUAUCAUAAAUACUUUCCAUUGGUUCAUAAGAAAAAUGUGGGUCUCGUGGUUGGUUCGGUUGUUGGAAGCCUGUCUUUCAUCUGCAUUUUGGCUUUUGGAAUCUUGUUUGGUUUGAAACACAUAAGAAGGUUGACUGUGAUUCGUGGGGUGAACAUAUCAUUUGCUGAAGUUCAGCUUGCAACAAACAACUUUGACAAUGAAAAACUGCUUGGUGAAGUUGGCUUUGAGAAUGUUUACAGAGGAACUCUCCUCGACGGAAGAAAAGUAGCUGUCAAGCGAGCUAAGAAAGGUUCAGGCCAAGACCUUCGAGAAUUCCAUACAGAGAUCAAGGUUUUGUCCAAGAUUCACCAUCGCCAUCUUGUUUCCUUAAUUGGGUACUGUGAUGAAAAGUCUAAGAUGAUAAUUGUCUAUGAGUUCAUGGAAAAUGGGACCUUGAGUGAUCAUUCAUAG